AUGAGUCGACCUGGGAUUAUUAUACAUUAUGGUGGUGAAUUGGUGAAUGACAAGUAUCUUGGUGGACAAAGAAGGUUUCACUUAAUUCCUCCUGAUGGAUUGAAGUAUUCGAGCUUGAUUAGUCAUAUUCAUUUGCUAGUUGCAGCUGAUAUGAGCUCUAUGUGUUAUCUAUUAAGUUCAGUUGUUGUGGCACCUGAUGGAGAUAACAUUGUAAUGAAUGUUAUGAAUUAUUUGGAUUUGCAGUAUGUUAUUGAUACUUCUGAGGUUCCCAAAGUGUUUGUGACUGUUUCACCUCGUUUGUUGGCUGGACCUGUUGUUGGAGAUGGCUUUGUUAAUGAUAAUCUGUAUGAAAACAUUGACGAUAUUGAUUUUUACUUAGAUGAUGGUGAUGAGGUUUCUGAUGAUCAGGAUAGUCUUGAUGACUUGGAUGGUGAUUUACAGCAGGAUGUUCCCACUGUUGUUAGAAGUCGACAUAUAGUUCCACCUUUGCCAUCUUCUUCUUUUGUUAAUGAUGGUUUGGAUGAUCAGAGCAUUAAUGUUGAUACUAGCAGUAUGCGGCAAUGGAUUAUUCCAGGUGCAAUGUAUCAAGCUUCGUUGCCUGUCGAUGGAGCUAUUGAUGUUGAGUUAUAUUCUCGAGAUUCUUUAGCUAUUGGAUCUACCUAUAUGGACAAAGAUAGUAUGAUUACUGCAUUGGGCCUGUACCACUUGAAGAAUCGAGUUGAAUUUGUUGUUAGUAGGUCAUCCACUAGCAAAUUUAAUGCUAACUGCAAGUAUCCAGAUGAGUGCCAAUUUUUGAUGAGUGCGACUGCUUCAGGUACAGUUAGGAGGGUGAUCAAGUGGAUUGCACCCCACACUUGUCAGAUAGAUUUUCGCCACCAUGGUCUACGUACGGUUUCUUCAAAGAUUAUUGGUGCUUUUUUUACACCAACAUUGAUGCACAAUGGUGCAGUUUUGAAGCCAAAGGAGAUGGCAUCUCAAUUGCAGCGAGAGUAUGGAUUUCAUGUUGACUAUUCAGCUGCUUAUGCUGGGAGGAAUCACGCCAUCAAGCUUAUUUAUGGCGAUCUUGAUAAGUCUUUUCAGUUGAUCCCCUCUUAUCUUCAUAUGGUGCAGCAUUGCAACCCGGACUCGAUUAUUGAUUUGGAGACUAAUGGAGAUGAUGUCUUUAAGUAUUGUUUUAUGGCUCUUGGUGCUUGUAUUCGUGGUUUUUUAUCAUCUGGGCGUCCUGUUGUUGUUAUUGAUGCUACCCAUUUGAAAGAAAAGUAUAAGGGUGUGAUGUUUGUUGCUGUGACAAAGGAUGGAAAUGAACAUAUUUUCCCAUUAGCUGUUGGAUUGGGUGAUAAGAAGAAUGACAGUUCAUGGUUAUGGUUUCUUACACGGUUGAAACGUGCUUUUGGUGUUUUAGAGAACAUGUUAUUUGUUUCAGAUCAGCAUAUCAGCAUAAAGAAUGCUGUUGAAGCUAAGAACCUUGCAAGAUAUGGUGCAAAUGUUGUAGCUAUGUUUCAGAGAGCUGCAAAUAGCUACAGGAGGGAGCAAUAUGAUUUGCAUUCUGGGCAAUUGGCCUUGGUUCGUGACAAAGAUGCAUAUAGGAAGUUGAUGGAUAUUCAGCUUUCUAGAUGGGCACGUAGUCAGUGUAGAGUUCGUAGAUAUAACUUCAUGACGUCUAAUUGUGCUGAGGUAUUCAAUGAAAGGCGUAGCAAGGCUUUGGCAAGAACUCAUCCACUUACAGAGUGGGCUGCAUUGAAACUAGACAUCUCAGUUGAGGAAGGUCGGACAAUGGAGGUUAAUGCAAUUAAUGCAUUCAAAUUCUCAGUUUCUUCUAGUGAUCGAAACUAUGUUGUUGAUCUUCGUGCUAGGAGUUGUUCUUGUCAUGAGUUUGAUCUUGACUUGAUCCCUUGCCCUCAUGCUGAUGCUGCUAUAUUCAAGUCAAAGCAAUCUUGCAUUGCUUUUGUGUCUAGCUACUAUACAAUGCAGACGUUACGUGAGAUGUAUUCUAUUGAUGUUAAUCCUAUCCUACAUCAAGAUGAGUGGGAUGUUCCUGCGGAUGUGAGUUCAAGGGUUGUUCGUGUACCACAUAAUCCUAGUCAAUCAGGGCGUCCACAGACUUCUAGAAUUCCUUCAGCAAUGGAAUCUUCUACAAAGUCACGUGUUAGUGUUUGUUCAAGAUGCCACAAAACAGGUCAUUACAAGUCAAAGUGUAAAGAAUAA